AUGAGACAAAGAGGCGCACUGUCAAGCGUAAACAAAUUGGAUUACACUGUGCUCCGUACACUGGUCAUGGGCUGCUGCGGCGAUGACGAAGACGAACCGCCACCGCCACCGCCACCGUCCCCUCCGCUGCCGCAUGCGGGUGAAUCUUCUGACCUCGUUGAGCCGGUGGUGAAUUCAACUUCCCACCAAACUUCAACCCACUUUACCGCCGACAAUACAAUUUCCCCGAUGAAUUCUAAUUUCUCGGCUUUCUUAUGCCGGGAUACCCUACGCGCCAUUCUGGAGAAUCUUCCUAUUCCGGACCUCGCCCGUGCUGCCUGCGUUUGCCGCCAGUGGCGAUCGGUGGCCUCUGAUAGGGAGAUGCAGAUUCGUGCCUUCAUUUCUCCGUGGAAGCUUCGGGAUGUCGUCGGAAACCCUAGCUCUGGCGCAUUCUGGAGAGACAAUUCACUGUCCAAAUUCGCCGUCUCCCACCGCCUCUCACGUGGCGACUCCAUCGCCAGCCUGGCUGUUAAGUAUUCCGUUCAGGUAAUGGACAUAAAGCGCUUGAACAAUAUGAUGAGCGAUCAUGGAAUUUACUCCAGGGAGCGGCUACUUAUCCCCGUGACCAAACCAGAACUUCUCAUAAACUCCAUAUGCUACAUAGAAGUGGAUAUGCAUGCGAAAAGAGAAGUUGCAGUGCUGUAUCUUGAUGGUAGGCCCGAUGGAAAUCUGAAGGGCCUUUUGAGCACUCUGACCUCCGAGCGAAGCAAGAAGAGGCUGAUUGAGUCGUUGAAGAGAAGCAUGCAUGUUGAUGAUGGCACUGCUCAGUACUACCUUUCGCUAUCAAAUGGUGAUCCCCGAGCUGCCAUUUCACAAUUCUCAGAAGAUCUGAGGUGGGAGAGGCGGGUGGGAUUUACAUAGAGCGCGCACAGCCAGGUACUGCUGCUCUGCUCAACUCGACUCGUGUUCGAAUCCGCAAAAAGGUUUUAUGGUAAUCUCUUGCCACGAAUGAAAAUACAGGGGAUAUUCCUUGGAACCGUGUGCUCAUAUAUAUUGUCUCUUUAUUCUCAUAUUGUCAUGCUCUUGUGUAAGCUGUAUCUGAAUAAUUUCAUAUAUGGUGCUGUAUCAUAUACAUAUAUAAUAUACACAUUCUGGUGUCUUUAGUA